AUGCAAAACAAUCGAAGGUUUCCCCCGAAAUACAACAAAAAUUACCGAGGUAAUGGUGCCAAUUCAAGUUCUAAUAGCACAUUGAAUGGUCUUAGCAAUAUCUUCGAGAUAAACCCUAAACCGGGUCUAAAGGUGUAUCGAUACGACGUUGAGAUCAUUAUAAAGGGAAGGGUGGAUAAAUUGUUAACAAAACAAAGUGAUGCGUAAGGGAUUUUUUUAAAUUUUAAAAUUUUUAGAAAUUUUUUGAAAUUUACAUGGAUUUUUAAAAAUAAUAAGAGUUUUAACUAUAUAAUCUAUUUCAUUUCAGCGGCCUAAAGAAUCUUAAACGAAACGUAUGUCUUUCUGCCGUCGAAAGUCUUUACAAGAAAGCCAAACUGCCCAAGUAUGUCUACGAUGGCAAGACGAUUCUAUUCUUGACAACAUCAAUCUCCAAAAUUGUAAGUGAAUAUCCGUAUUUUUUUAAAUUUUGUGUUUAGUCAGAGACUGUCAAACCAGCUGAGUUGCCGGAAGGUGAAUAGGCAUACUGCAGAAACAAUGAGUUGUUGGUUCAAAUUACUCCAAAUGCUAGAACGUCGCAAUUUGUGAUUGACGAUUUGGCGUCGUCUAUAGCAGAAAGCGCUGGAGAACAAACUGAUCACUCUCAUCGACAGUUUUUGGAGCUGGCCACGAGUCAAUAUCCAGUAAAUAGGUAAAAUAAUGAUUUCUGUGACAAGAAAAUUAUUUUUGACGCUGGUCUUCUUCGGUUAUUUUGAAUGAAAAAAGCGAUUUAUUACAUUUUAUAAAAGGUUACGGCCUACUGAAUCUCAUAUCAGCUAUGAAGACAUAGCUCAUUACUUUGUAUACCACUUGAUAUAACGAAUUUUAUUUAAAAAAUUAUUAUAUUGGUUGAUGAAGACGCCCUCAACUUAAAAUUUAUUUAUUUAGCGGUCAGUACGAAGCAGUUUUGCCUGGAACAUUGUUUGAGACUAAAACAAAGUCUUUGGUACCUGGAAUGGAACUUCGAGUUGGGUUCACGAAAGGAGUACGAGUAGUAGAACAAAACGGAAAGCUUAAAGCUUUGUUGAUUAUUGACAGUAAGUUUAACGUAAAGCAAUGUUUUACAUUACAAAACCUUUUUAAAUAUCGAGUUUUUUCGGAUAUUGUUUCGUCUAACUUAAGAUGUUAAAAGAAAAAUAUUAAACAGUAAGCUUUGUAGACUCACUUUACAUUUUUAGUGCGCAGAACAGCUUUUAUGACAUCAACAAAAAGCUUGGCCGAGGUUUGGAGGGAGUUUCCUAAUGACAAGAACAGAGAGUUACGUUUCCUGAGACAUUUCAAAGGAGUACGAUGCUAUGGAAAACAUAACAAGCUGGAUUCACGUUUCCGAUUAAAGGAUUGACUCAAAAGAACAUUGGAGAUCCAACGUUUAAUUUGGAGAACGGGGAUUCACUGGUUGACUACUACAAGAAUAAGUACGAAAAGAACAUUAAUGGAGAAAUACCCGGACUUAUCGCUGAUCUGAAGACUCGUGACGGAGCCUAUUUGGUUAUUCCAAUGGAAUUGGCCGUUCCACUAGCAGGGCAGUUGGUGCCAUCCGAAAAGAUUCAUGAACAAGCUGUUAAGCUUCUUCUUACGGUGAGUUUAACUUCGUUAAUUAGGAUAGGGUAUGUUAGAGUUAUUCCUCGCUUGUAAUGAUAGGUGUAGACCACUUUCAUGGGUGUCAUACUAAAGAGAUUUGUCUGUAUUUCAAGCCACUUUGGAAUACGGUAUGCUAAACUUUGGUUGGGAUACAGUAAGUUAGAGCAUAAUAAGUAAAAGCAAGAUAAGUCAUAUUAGGUUAGGGUAGAAUAAGGCGGGUUUGCUCAGAAUAAUCAUUUGUAGGUCCAACACAAUGAUACAAUUUCUUUUUACAGGAAAACUCCGUGUUCCCAGAUGCACGCCACAAUUUUGUCAUGAAUCAGGUACGCGAGAUCUCAACUGGCCUUGGAGGUGAAUUCCUGAAAGAAUUCGGAAUAACAGUUAAUAUUGCAAGUAAUGAUAUCAAAAUUUCAAAACGCAAUGUCAUCAACUUGGAGGUCGGCAACAACGCGAUCAUUCAACCACAACCUAACAACCUAACGGCAGCUUCAUGAGGGAUGCGACCACAAUGAAAUUCUACUAUUCUAACACUAGUUCUCUCAAUUGGUGGGUGAUCGCUAACAAGAGGACGACUAACAUCAAUGCUGUCAAGUAAGUUGGUUUAUCUUUUUUAUUUGGACUCACAGUUUUAAAUAGUCGGCUUUAAGGUUUGUUAUUCGUUUUGUUCAAUAUAGUUUAAUGUCUAUAUUUAUAUUUUUUAAGUUUAAAACUAAUGAAUAUAAUUUUUAGGACUUAUAUUGCCAAUCUGCAUCAAACAGCCACUGAAGCCGGAAUGCAGCUUUCUCAACCAUCUCUGAUCAAAAUGAUCGAUUUUGUUCAACUCGAAAGUCUCUUUGUUCAAGCCAAGGAAAAAAACGUUACCUUCAUCUUCUACAUUGAUGCAUCUUAUGUCAAAUCUCAUGCAAGCCUAAAACUGUUUGAAAGUUACUGCAAAGUGCUAAGCCAACAGAUUCUUGCCCAAAACCUGCCAAAGAAGCCUCAAACCUUGAAGAAUGUGGUGAUGAAGAUCAACUCCAAGAAUGGAGGUAUCAACUUCGUGCCAGUCUUUGCACCAACUCUUCAGAAGUAUGACCUUAAGAAGAAAUCGGAUCUGAUGGUAAUUGGAUACGAUGUAGCUCAUCCUCCGCCAGCUACAAUCCAAGAUAAGAAUAAUGCCUUCAAAAACAAGAAGCAGAAGAAUCCAUUCACAACCGAAUCCGAAAGUGGACCUUUGAACUCGCUUCAACCUUCUGUUGUAGGACUUUGUGCGAAUGCCGGAGAAAAGCCGUUAAUCUUCGGUGGAGACUUCUUCUAUCAGGUAAGCUACAGUUGUGUUUUAAGUCUUAAAGUACAUGUUUGGAACUUUUAAAUUAAAAAAAAAUUUUGAUUUUACUGACGAUGGGCAGGCAGAUCGUCUUCGUUUUAAUACAGGGGUCAUAUCUAGGACCGGGCGGUUGAGGUGGGAGAUUGAAUGUUUUUUGCAAGUAAAAUUUUGGGAAAAAGUUUAGCUUGGAUUUGUUCAUUUACGAAAUUUUUUUUUGGUUUUCUUCUUUUACAAACUUAAACUCAUUUGUUAGCAUUAAAAGAUUAGAAUUCUUUUUCUUUUGCUCUUCACCAAUCUUUUCUUUGUUAAAACCUUGGGACUUACAAACCUAUAGUUAAAUUCAUAGUUUAAUAUUCAACUCAUUUCAGGAAUCUCGUCGCGAAAACGUGGAACACUACCGCCUUCGCAAGCACAUGAGCCUUUUUGCCGAAAAAGCGAAGAAGGCUAAAAGACCAAUCAAACGUGUACUGAUUGUCAGAGACGGUCUUAGUGAAGGUCAAUUUGAAUAUGCUAUCAAAAAAGAACUGCCAGCCAUUCGAGAAGCGUUCAAAGAAGUUUUUGGCCAACAAUCGAACAUCAAAUUCACUUUUAUCGUUGCUAUCAAGCGGCACAACAAACGCUUCUACGAAGUCUACAAUGGCCAGAUCCAGAACACAAAAGUUGGACAUGUAGUUGACUCAAAGGUUACUCGGACUGACAUUACCGAGUUCUAUUUACAAUCUCACAAUCCUUUGAGAGUAAGUUACUGUUUUUUAGUUUAUUCUUAAAGUUUUAAAUUUUUUUGAAAAUUUAGAAAACUCAGAAUUUUGAAAAAAAAAUUUUAAACAGUACAAAAUGACAUAAAUUGUAACAACGAUAAUGUAUGUAAAGUGUAUAAAAUAAUUGAUGUUUUCAGGGUGUGCCAAAAAUGACACAGUACAGUGUCCUCAGGAAUGAACUCGAAAUGUCAUCAGAAGAACUACAAGGAAUGAUGCACGCUUUGUCAUCAAUGCAUCAAAUCUCUGCUUGUCCCACCUCAAUCCCAUUACCUGUUUACAUGGCCGACGAGUUGGCAAAGCGUGGUGCCGACGUCUUCAAAGCUUUCAAGUAGGUUUUUACUUUGUUUUAUAAUAUUUUGGCAAUAAUUUUUUAUCAUAAUUUUUUAUAUUUAAUGUUUCUGAAAGUCAGUGGAAAGUUUAAAUAUUAUUUUAGGUCGUAAUUUGACUUUUUAGAAAACGUUUUAUUAAUUUACUUAUUUUAGUGCACUGCCAGAUCAUCAUAUCAUCAAGAAGAAGAUCAAUGCUGGCGUUGGACUACUGAAAGACUUUACUGCCGUAACUAACUGGCUCGGUUAUGCUACUGAUCAACUCUCUGAUACUCGGUUCAACGCAUAGAAUCUCAACCUUUUUUAACAACAGUUUGUAUCACUAACCAUAAUUAUUAUUAUUAUUUAUAUUUUUACAACAUCUAUUAACUAGUUAUGUCGUCUUUAUAUUUUUAGAUUAUACGUCUUGAUUUUUGAAUUUUAUAGCUAUUGUUUGACGGGUUCGUAACUAUGUAUUUAAUACAUUUUAAUGAUAAUGUACUUUUCUACCGUGCUGAAAAAAAAAUACUGUGCUGAAUCUGAUCGUCGUGUUUAAUGGUGUUUACAAGACUAGGUUCGUGUGACCGUGAACGUUGGGUGGAUUAUUCUAAAACUUAAAACGUUAAUUUUAGAAACUAACUGAUUGUCUUCUACACAUCAAAGCUGUUUUUUACAAGAUAUUAACUAUUUCAAUAAAAGCUUAAUAUAGAUUUGCCACAAUAUAAAAAUGAUAUAAAAAUUACUGAACAGCAUUGGGCAGCCUGUAAAAUACAACAUUAAAAAAUUUCCAAAAACUGAUAAUACGUCAUUCUAAAAAAUACUUAAAACACGUCAUUUUACAUGUAAAUUCUGUCAGCAGGUUGAAUAAAAAUUAAAAUCUAAAAAAAAACAUAAUUUCACAAAAUCCAUUUUUUUCGAAUUUAUUACAAUCGGCCGUUCAAAAUGAGUGGUUGUGUCAUUGUUUGUGGCGGGUGCAAACAGGAGUUGACCUGGCCACGUCUGCGUCAAAGAAAUCCCCAAAAAGUAAGUUUUGUAUCUGUUAUCAAUUUUUUUGUUAGGCUUUUAAUAGCGUGCGGAUUUGUUUUGUAUUAUCGUUUUGAUCGUCCGAAAUCUCUUUUAAAAAAUAUUCAUUUUUAAUCUUUUAGUGACGUGGCCAGCAAAGAAGCCAACGCCAAAGCAAGGCAAACCUUGGAAGAUGAACUAGAAGCGAUCCGAAAAGACGAUGAGAUUUGGGAAAAAAAGCAAAUUGCUUUAGAAAACGAAGAAAAGAAGAAGACCUUGUUGGCUAAGAAGACCAGAAUUGACAGGUACGGUAGAUUUAUUACUAAUGAGCCUGUCUUUUGUCUAUGCAAAACAUUUAAAAUUUUUUUUGUAACAAAAAGUUUAGUUGUAAUAUAAUUCAGAACUUUCCAGAGUAAAACAUUAUUUUUGAAGAAAAUCCUUAUUUAUCGACUGAAAAAUUUUUUAAAGGUAAAUUUGCGCUUCUUUAUGCCGUUUAAGUGAUUUUAGAAAUCCCACCGCCAAAUCUGUCGACAUUACGGGAGACAAGAACGUUUCUUCGUGUUCCAAGGCUACUGGUAAAGUAGCCCAGAUGGCUAUUGGGCAAAAAAACGGUAGGUCUAUUAUUGGUUUCAAAUAUUAGGUCUAAAACUCUGAAACUGCGUUUUUUUUGGCUAUUCUAUUUAAUGAUCAAAAGCAGCAUGAAAAUGCAAUUUUUGUUAUAUUACUAGCGACGCCCCUGACCCUACCCUAUCUUUCCUAAACUUCUUCUACCCAUGCCUGACUCUUGCUGUACUCUAAGCUUUGAUUUUUUUUUUUAUUAUUUAUAUAUUUAAAACAUUAUUUGUUACGUUUUUAUUCAAUUUGCAAAUUUCAGACCAGUCCAGUCACACGGUCAAUGUAAAUGUAAGUACCUAUUUAACUUGUUACAAGUUAUUAGUAUUAUAAUUAGUAAUUGUUACUAGAAUUUUAAAUAAGAUUAUAGAUAGGGUCGGGAAUUUUUUGUCUUAUCUCAAUUUUUUCGAGUUUUCCUAGAGAGAGCGAUUUCGUACUUUGCUGAAGAUCAUAUUUACAGGGUGUUUCACCAUAUUUGGUUUGUAGAAACGAGUUAUAUCUUUGCAACUACAUGUGCUACAAUUUUAAUUUUGGUACACUGGUAGUAGAGACUGGUACAAUUUUUUGUGCAAAAUUUUGGAUUUUUUAAGUGCUUUUUAAGGUCGUCAUUAAUUUUUGAAAAUGAGCAUUUUGCGCCAAAAUACACAUAUUUUCGGUUGAAAAUGCUUUUUUUACUCGAAAUUUUUCUAAUUUUUCAAUUCUUUUGAUACAAAUCGCAUUUUCAAUGUUUUCAAAGACUUGGCGGAGACUCGGCGGACGCCUAAAUUUAUCGGCGGAGGCUAUGACUUGCUUCAAACAUAACGUAGCCGCGUGAAACAAAAAGCAUUAGUUUUAAAAUUAUCAGGCCCAUCUUCACUGACGCUAAACUUGUUUGAAAAUAACUCUGAAUUAAAAAUUCACAAAAAAGUUAAAUCAAAAGAUAUUAACGUUCAGAAAUAGACGCAGUUUUAAAAAAUUUUACUUAUGUUCAAAAGUUAUGAUAAACUCACUUUCUUCAAAAGUUAAACCGCAAAUAUAUAACAUGUUGUAUCUUGUUAGGUUUUUUUUGUUAUUAAGUAAACUAAAAGAUGAAAUACGUUAAAAUUUUAAAAAUUAUUUGUGCAAUUUACAAAAUGAAUUUAAAAACAUGGCUUCUUUAUUAAUUUUCUUAGGUUUUUUAAAUUUUUUGUGUUUUAGAAACUUUGAAGCCAAGCUCAGUAUCAGUGGAGUUUGCCCUAAUAAUUUUAAAACUAAUGCUUUUUGUUUCACGCCGCUACGUUAUGUUUGAAGCAAGUAAUAGCCUCCGCCGAUAAAUUUAGGCGUCCGCCGAGUCUCCGCCAAGUCUUUGAAAACAUUGAAAAUGCGAUUUGUAUCAAAAGAAUUGAAAACGAGUAAAAAAAGCAUUUUCAACCGAAAAUAUGUGUUUUUUGGCAAAAAAUGCUCAUUUUCAAAAAAUGACGACCUUAAAAAAGCACUUAAAAAAUCCAAAAUUUUGCACAAAAAAUUGUACCAGUCUCUACUACGAGUGUACCAAAAUUUAGAAUUAUAGCACAUGUAGUUGCAAAGAUAUAACAACUCGUUUCUACAAACAAAAUAUGGUGACCUGUAUAUAAAAAGUGUGAAGUCAAUCAGAGCGGGGCAGGUCAGGUACUUCUUUGUUUGAAACAUUAGUGAAUUAUAGGUUUUUAAAAAAUCUGUGUGUUGCAACUGGAGUGUCUUCCUUGAAAGAUAAUAGACUAGGUUAGAAAUAGGAUUAGAUGAUGUAACGCUUGUUUUUAACAGAUAUUAUAGAAAUCGCCGGAUUCUCGCCACAAAGAAAAGAAGGAUAACAAGAAGAGCAAGAACAGAAAUUCAAAACAGAAGAAAAAGAAGGCUGGGUCGUGGUCUGUGCCGGGUGUAAGGAAGAGUUUGCGCCCGGACAUGUUUGCAAGGUGAGUAUUGUUAUUUUUUUUGGUUUACAGGGUGUCCCAAAAUUUUUGAAGGAAGCGAAAAGCUUAGUUUUCGAAAAAUACUAGCUUAAAUUGGACAAUUUUUUAGUACACUUGAAAUUGCGGGCGUAUUUGGUAUUGGCACGUUAUUUUUUGAUAUUUGGCGGACGGUCAGCAACGACCGGCGGAGGCUAUUUUUUGCUUUGACAAAUCAAAAAUAUUGAUUUUCGGACCUUGUGACACCUCUGACGCGUCAAAAUUUUUUGCAAUUAAAAAAUGUUUUUCUCUGCAUCGGCGCACGACCGGCGGAGAAAAAUGGCGAAGGCCAUAACUUUGCUCAAACUCGAUAUUUUCUCACCGGACAACAUAUGGGGCUAUACUUUUGAGUUUUCCAACCAUUUUACUUAUUUUUUAAAUUAAAAAAUUAAUUUUUUUAAAUUGGCGGGCGAUCGGUGGAGAAAAUCGGCGAAAACCAUAUCUAAUUCGAUUUUUAAUAUUUUUUCUCUCCGGACGAAAACUAAAGAUGUUCUUUUGAGUUUUUCAAACAUAUUUGCAAUUUUUUUUAAGCUAAAAUAUUAUUUUUUUAAACAUUGGGUUUGAGCGAACUUCUGGCCUUCGCCGGUUUUCUCCACCGAUCGUCCUUUGGGACACCCUUUAGAAAAGAAAUUUUUAUAUAUUAGAAGUAAAAUUAUAAUCGUUUUAGAAGCCAGGUGAAGGUCAGAAGGCGGGACUCCAAAAGACCCAAAAGCAAGUUUUUUUAUUUUUUAUUAUAUACGUUCGGUCUGAGAGAGAGGGCUCUUUCAUCAGUAAUCUACGACAAUAUAAGUCGUAGUCAAUUCAAUGAUUUAACAAGUUUUUAGAAACAGUUCUACAAACAAUAAAACGUUAACUAAUAAGAUAACUUCUAAUAACUUUGAAUCAAACAAAGCCAACUCAGAUAUUACCAAUCUUCUCAAAUCAAACAAUAAAAACGUAUAAUCAAACAAUAUAGGAUCAAACUCAAACAUAAAACAUAUCAAACGUGAUCGAACCCGUGCUAGAAAAUCUGUGAUGCCACGAAUUAGGUCGGCUUUUUGGCUCAAACGAUUUCGUGGUGGGGACCUACGGACAACUUCUUACGCUGGUACUGGUAUGCUUGUUGGUUCACAUGAUUCACUUUCUUGUAGUGUCUUUUCAGUAAUCAUAUAGCUGGGCUCUCUUUUGUUAGGUGCGAAAGUUCUCGACAAACUUUUACACCACCGGUCAGAUUUUCUUCUAAUACCAUGAUCCUUUUAAAGUCAUUGUGUUCAGGAGCAAUCAGGAAAGACGACGAGGUUUGGGAGCAACGCCAAAUAGCGUUAGAAAAGGCAGAAAAGUAAAAGAAGUUGGUAUCGAAAAAUACUAAUGUUGACCGGUACGGUAGAUUUAAAAGCUUUGUUACUAAUUAGUCUUUAUUUAUUAUUUAUACAAAACAUUUAAAAUUGUUCUUUUUGAUAACAAAAAGUGAAGUUGUUUCUAAUUCAGAACUUUCUGGAGUUAAACUUUAGUUUAUUUUUGAAGAAAAUUCUGAUUUACAGACUGAAAACUUUUUUCACACUAAGGAUUUUUUUUAAAUUUUAAAAUUUUUAGACAUUUUUUUGAAAUUUACAUGGAUUUUUAAAAAUAAUAAGAGUUUUAACUAUAUAAUCUAUUUCAUUUCAGCGGCCUAAAGAAUCUUCAACGAAACGUAUGUCUUUCUGCCGUCGAAAGUCUUUACAAGAAAGCCAACCUGCCCGAGUACGUCUACAAUGGCAAGACGAAUCUAUUCUUGACAACUUCAGCCUUCAAAAUUGUUAGUGAAUAUCAAAUUUUUUUAAAUUUUGUGUUUAGUCAGAGACUGUGAAACCAGUUGAAUUGCCGGAAGAUGAAGAGGCGUGCUGCAGAAACAAUGAGUUUUGA